AUGCUCUACCGAAAGCACUACAUACCUCUCGAAUCUAACCCGACUCUCUUCACCGAGCUGACCCAUACUCUUGGUCUCUCUAACGCCCUAGAGUUCCAUGAUGUUCUGUCACUGGACGACAACGACCUCCUCGCCCUCAUCCCGCGACCGACCCUCGCUCUCAUUCUCGUCUUUCCCACCCCGCCCAACUACGAGAGCGAAAUCGUCAAAAAAGAUCAAGAUGCUACCGAAUACGUAAAAAGAGGGGAGGAGGAGGAUGUCAUGUGGUACAGGCAGACCAUCAACAACGCAUGCGGACUAUAUGGCAUACUGCACGCAGUGAGUAAUGGUGCCGCGCGAGACUUCAUUGUCCCCGGUUCGCAUCUAGCCCAUCUCCUGGCCUCCUGCACACCCUUGAAACCUCUAGAUCGCGCUUCCGUCCUAGAAGACGAUGAGCAGCUAGAGUCAGCUUACAAAACAGUCGCCCUGCAAGGGGACUCGGAAGUCCCCACCAACCCUGAGGAUGAGGUCGACUUUCACUACGUCUGUUUCGUCAAGUCUCACAAGAACGGCCACUUGUACGAACUCGACGGCGACCGAAAAGGUCCCAUAGACUGGGGACGGUUGGAUCCGGAUGAUGAUGUUCUUUCUGAUAUGGCACUCGGCGCCAUUCGCGAUUUCAUUCAACGCAUUUCGAAGGCCGUGGGAUUCAGUCUUCUCGCUCUAGCUCCAGUGGAAUAA